AGAAAGAGAUGGCAACAGUGUAGUUCACCGUUAGGAUGCCGCGUGCUUUUGGAAUUAUUUAGAGUCGCCAAAUUUUACAAGCUCCAUUUACUAUUUGAUUUAAGCAAAACAAUUGAUUGAAUUAAUCACGUCAAAAUGUAUGCAGCUGUUAAGCCACUAUCAAAGUAUCUGCAGUUCAAGUCAGUACACAUUUACGAUGCCAUUUUCACGCUGCAUUCGAAAUGCACGGUGGCGCUGCUUUUGGCCUGCACUUUUCUGCUUUCCUCGAAGCAAUAUUUCGGCGAUCCUAUCCAGUGCGUGAAACAGAAGGAUGUGGACAUCGCCAUGGACUACAUUCACUCCUAUUGCUGGAUCUACGGGGCCUAUAUGCAGGACAAUGUCACUUUGGCGCCUUCCCGGCGCGUUAACGCCUUAUUAGAGUGCCGACCGGAUGUUGUGGGUCGCCAGGUGGCCCCGGAGAACCGCCGCUAUAUUCGCUACUACCAAUGGGUGGUACUGGUAUUGCUCCUCGAGUCCUUUGUGUUCUAUUUGCCCGCUUUCCUCUGGAAGAUUUGGGAGGGCGGUCGUCUUAAGCACCUGUGCGACGAUUUCCACAAGAUAGCUGUUUGCAAGGACAAGAGCAAGACCCAUCUUCGCGUGCUGGUCAACUAUUUCACCAGCGACUACAAGGAGACCCAUUUUCGCUACUUCGCCAGCUACGUCUUCUGCGAGAUACUAAAUAUAAGCAUAAGCAUCGUAAACAUGCUACUCUUGGAUAUUUUUUUUGGCGGCUUUUGGACGCGCUAUUGGGCUGCAUUACUGGCCUUAUUUAAUGGCGACUUUGACCGAUGGAACAGCAUCACCAUGCAGGUCUUCCCCAAGUGUUCCAAGUGCGAAGUGUUCAUUGGCGGCUCCGGCGGUUCGGACAGCAGCUACGACUUUCUCUGUCUGCUUCCCCUAAAUAUGCUGAACGAAAAGAUAUUUGCCUUUCUGUGGAUAUGGUUCGUUUUCGUGGCUGGACUGGUUACCCUAAAGUUCCUUUACCGCCUGGCCACCGUUUUGCAUCCUGGUAUGCGGAAUCAGUUGAUGCGGGCUAAGACUCGUUUCAUGCCCAUGGCACACUUGCAGUUGGCCCUGCGCAACUGCAGCUUUGGAGAUUGGUUCGUGCUGAUGCGCGUAGGCAAUAACAUCAGCCCGGAAAUAUUCCGUAAAUUGCUGGAGGAGCUGUACGAAGCACAGUCUUUGAUGAAGAAAAUCCCGCCAGGAGCGGAUGAAAUCUAAAAACUCAACAUUGACACUUCAUUUAACCUCAAGUUGCUGAAGUAAGUUUUUUUUCUUUUUCGAAUCUCAUACCUAGUAGAAAGCUAAGAAGACACUCGUAUUACACCUCAUCGAUAUGUACAUAUAUCGAAAAACAUAACCCUUAAAUUUAGCAUUUUGAGUUGCUCAGCUCAUAUGGAUAUUACUUUAAUUUCAAAUUUUUCAUCAACAUAUUGUAAUUUUCUCCAAUGAGAAGUUUUACCUUUGAGGAAUAAAUGUUGUGUUAAAUUUCAA